AUGGAAAAGAAUAGUAAAAGACUUCUUGAGAAGUCAAGUAAACGAGCCGAGCAGCAAAUACCUUCCACCAUAGAUAAAUCUGUCUUGAAUGGCAAUAAGGGAACCCAAUUUGAGAGGCUUAGACAGAAAAGUAGGGAGGGAGAAAUUCAGAAAAGGCUUAGACAGGAAACUAGAGAGGAAGAGAUGGGGGAAAGGCUUAAUGAUGCUGCAGUUAAGGGUGAUGCUGAAACCCAUCUGUGUGAUGCUGCAUUUAAGGGUGAUGCUGCAACCCUUCAGCGGCUAAUUGGAGAAGAUCAACUUCUUCUUGAUAAAGUUAGUUUGAAUUGCCAGGAUAAGAAUCCGCUGCACAUAGCAGCAAUGCUGGGGCAUGUAGCUUUUGUACAAGCAAUCUUGGGAGUUAAUUCUGAUAUGUGCUUGGUUCCUGAUCGAUUUGGGAGAAACCCUCUACACAUUGCAGCCAUCAAAGGCAGAUUGGCGGUAUUGCAAGAGCUAAUUCAUGCUAGACCCCUGGCAGCGCGAGAAAAAACAGAAGGCGGAGGCAACAUUUUGCACUUGUGCGUCAAGUACAAUCAGCUGGGGGCUUUGCAGUUUCUAGUCCAGACUAUAAGAGAUCAUGAGUUUCUGAAUGCCAAGAACGAUGAUGGCAUGAGCAUUCUGCAUCUGGCCGUUUGUGACAAGCAAAAUGAGACCAUCAAAUACUUGCUACGGAACAAGGUAGUAGACGUGAACACGAAAACUGCAAAUGGGAACACUGCUUUAGACCUUAUUCAUGGAGACAUUAACUCAGAAAUUGCACGAUCUCUUGAAGACGCUGGAGCCAAAAGAGCCAAGGACAUAUCUCCCUCUGCUACUGCGGGAAAUGACUGGCAAGAAAAUAAAUCACACAGCCAGCCUUCACAGGGCGGGGAUUGGCUAGCAAGGACAAGGAAUGCCCUAAUGGUUGUGGCCUCACUUAUUGCGACAAUGGCAUUUCAAGCUGGGGUGAAUCCGGCUGGAGGCGUUUGGCAAGAUGACAAAACAGAUUAUCCAAAUCCACACAACGCGGGAGAAGCUGUGAUGGCACACAGCCAUCCAAAAUACUACAAAAACUUCAUCCGGGUUAAUACAGUAGCCUUUGUUUCAUCUCUGAGCACAAUCAUGUUUCUCAUCAGUGGUUUGCCCUUCAGGAGGAAGUUCUUCAUGUGGUGUUUAAUGGUGAUCAUGUGGUUGACCAUUUCAGCAAUUGCUUUAACUUAUGGCAUCUCGAUCGUGAUUGUAACGCCAAAAGACUAUAGAAAACAAUUGAGCCAUGUCAUCGAGACUGCUGUCACAGUGUGGUGCGGUGUGAUGGCACUCUUGCUGUUGGGGAACACGAUUCGGUUGAUUAACAGGUGGUUCAAAACUCGUGGUAACAAUGUGGAUCCAAGAAUUAAACGUGCAGUUCAAUCGCAAAGCAAUGAUAAGAAUGAGGGUCUUCAAAUGUGUUGAUACUACUUUGUGGUAGAAAUUGACAUAUCAAAGCUAGCCAAGUGAUACUCUUCCAUCGGCCAGUUGAUUGAGUAAUGCUGCUUGGAUUCCAACUCAAAACAAGAAGAGUCUGUGUAUUGAUGGAUUUGGCUGGACUUGGUUUCAAAUCCUCACCCAAAUCCACUCUACUAAGUGUUGGAUUUGAAAUCCUUAAAAAGUUGUUGGAUUAGGGUAUCAUUUCGAAUCCUUUCUUUUACAUCUCUUAGUCUCUCCCUUUGAGUAAUGCAUCUUGUUUCUGUAAGUAGUGAAGAAUGGAUAGCAUGCAAUGACCAUAGUAUUUGAUUUAACUUUGUAUUGUUAGAGUGUGGUUUUAGACCUCACCUGCAUAUGCUGGUUGUGAUAGUAUUGGGUUCUAGAAAUUGUUUAUGUCAUUUAAAAUAGUGAAUUUGAAAUAGUCAAUUGCCAUGUG